GCUCAGUGCUCAGUUUCAAGUUGUAGUUCUCUAUCGCGAGUGAUUGUGGUGAAGGGUCAAGGUGUUUCAUGAGUGCGAAGGGAUCUUUGAGGAAUCGUAGUUAAUACAAGGACGGGGAUGCUGUGUCGCCCCCUGACGGCUGCGGCCGUCCUAUGUCUUCACCUGGCCCUCGGCGUUCUAGCUCAGGAUACAGCAUCUAGACUUUUUUCGUGUCCCACAGGCUGGGAACUUAGAGGACUACACUGCUAUAGGUUCUUUAGUAUAUUACACUCGUGGGAAAAUGCAGCCCAGCUUUGCAAUAGGUACGGCAGUGACCUGUUAUUAGUCGAGUCAUACGCAGAGAACAAUUUCACAGCCAAAUUAGCACAUAAGAGUUUAGGCCCUGCGGACAGAGCGAAUCAAAAGUACUGGUUGGGACUCGCCUCCUUGGACGAUCUCAACACUAACACACUCGAGUCUGCGGCCGGUGUUCUAGUCUCACAAUAUGCAGGUUUCUGGUCGCUGGACCAGCCUGACCCCUCGUCAGGUGAGUGUGUGGAUGUCAUGCUCUCGGACGAACAACAGUCCUGGGAGCUGCAGACAUGCGAGUCGCUGCUGCCCUUCCUAUGUAGGGCCAACGCUUGUCCUGCCGGUUCAUACCACUGUUCCAACGGCCGCUGCAUCAAUGCUGCGUUCCGCUGUGACAAGGAGGACGAUUGCGGGGACGGCAGUGAUGAGCUGGACUGUCCUAACCUGUGUCACCACUACAUGGCGUCUAGUGGGGAUGUGGUGGAGAGUCCUAACUACCCUCACAAGUACGAGCCCCUGGCUACAUGCAAGUGGACCCUUGAGGGACCCCAGGGACACAAUAUUCUGCUGCAGUUCCAAGAGUUUGAGACGGAAAAGACAUUCGACACGGUGCAGAUUCUGGUUGGAGGAAGAACAGAGGACAAAGCUGUCAGUUUGGCUACACUGUCGGGCAAACAGGACUUGGGCAACAAAUCCUUUGUUUCAGCCUCAAACUUCAUGAUCAUCAAGUUCAGCACCGAUGGAUCAGUUGAGAAGAAAGGAUUCAGAGCUUCUUGGAAGACGGAGCCACAGUCGUGUGGAGGUAACCUACGAGCCACACCUCAGCCACAGAUACUCAAGUCCCCUGGAUAUCCUCAGCACUAUCCUGGUGGACUGGAAUGUCUGUACAUCCUCACGGCUCAGCAAGGACGCAUCAUCACACUGGAGGUUCAAGACCUUGAUUUGGAGACGAACAGGGAUUACAUCCUAAUCAGAGAUGGAGACUCACCGAAAAGCCCAACGAUUGCAAGACUGACUGGUAAAAUAGACAACAACCCAAGAAUCAUCAUGUCUACAGAAAGUAAACUGUACUUGUACUUCAAGACCAGUUUGGGAGAAUCACAGAAAGGAUUCAACAUUAGAUAUUCCCAAGGUUGCAGAGCGACAGUGGACACAGCCAACGGAACAGUCUCGUCCCCAGCAUACGGACUUGCUGACUACCCGAGCAACCAAGAGUGUCUUCUGCGCAUCCACAACCCCUCGGGCAGCGCACUCUCCCUCAAGUUUGACUACUUCAACGUCCACCCGAGUGACACAGUGCAGGUGUUUGAUGGUACCAGUACCAGCGGACUUAGACUUCACCCGGGUAGUGGGUUCUCUGGCACCCAAGUACCCAAAAUCACCCUGACAGCCUCCAGCGGUACCAUGCUGAUACGCUUCACCACCGACGCUCUGCACAACAGCAAGGGAUGGCACGCUCAGUACUCUGCUGACUGCCCAGUGUUGAGGCCAGGAGAGGGAGCUCUAGCAUCCAACAGGGACACAGCGUUUGGCACAGUGGUUGUCUUCACUUGUCCCGUGGGACAGGAGUUUGCCACGGGGACGGCCAAGAUCACAACAGAGUGUCUGCCCGGAGGUAACUGGAGCAUCUCGUACAUCCCGAAGUGUCAGGAGGUCUACUGCGGACCUGUACCUCAGAUUGACAACGGCUUCUCCAUCGGCUCCAGCAACGUGACGUACCGAGGCGAGGCACUGUAUCAGUGCUACGCUGGGUUUGCCUUCCCAUCCGGUCUGCCUAUUGAGAAGGUGUCUUGCUUGGCGGACGGACGGUGGGAGCGACUACCAACUUGUUUAGCAUCGCAAUGUCCCCCACUGCCGGAGGUGUCUCAUGCCAACGCCACUAUCCUGAACGGCGGUGGUCGCAGUUACGGCACAAUCGUUAGGUACGAGUGUGACCCUGGCUACGUCAGGACCGGACACCCUGUCAUACUGUGCAUGAGCAACGGAACUUGGUCCAGCACUCCUCCCACCUGCUCUCGUGCAAUGUGUCCCAAGCUGCCGGAGAUUGCGAAUGGAUUCGUUAUCGAGGCUUCACAAAGGUACUUGUUUGGGGACGAAGCUCGUGUCCAGUGCCACAAAGGUUUCAAGCUCGUCGGAGGUUCCAACAUCAUCAGAUGUGGUCCAGAACAGACUUUUGUCAACCCACCAAAAUGUGAAGACAUCAACGAGUGUGCUAGCAGCCAGUGUGACCAAGCAUCUACAGAGUGCAUCAACACUCCAGGAAGUUUCUAUUGCAAGUGCCGUGGAGGGUUCGCCUCAACCCUGGACUGUCGCCCCGUGGGAGAUCUCGGGCUCACGUCCGGUGGCGUACCUGACGACUCCAUCACCGUGUCCAGCUCUGAAGUGGGGUACCCCAAGGAGAUGGUUCGCCUGAACAGUGGUCUAGGCUGGUGUGGUACCAACAUAGAGCCUGGCUUCAACUGGGUUAUGUUAGAUCUCAAGGCACCAACAAUCAUCCGAGGCUUCCGAACACAGAGUGUACAAAGGCCAGAAGGAAGUCCUGCUUUCACCUCUGCAGUUAGGAUCCAGUACACCAACAACCUUACUGAUGUAAUGAAAGACUACACAAACCCUGAUGGAACUCCAGUGGAAUUCAGAAUCCUUGAGCCAACUCUGUCAGUCUUGAAUCUGCCUGCCCCAAUAGAGGCUCAGUACAUCAAGUUUAAAAUACAGGACUAUGUAAACGCGCCAUGCAUGCGUCUAGAGGUGAUGGGCUGCACGCGUCUGGAAUGUGCUGAUGUCAACGAAUGUUCUUCUGACAACGGCGGAUGUGACCAGAAAUGUAUCAAUAGUCCUGGAAGUUAUGCCUGCGUUUGUAACGUUGGCUACGAGCUGUUCAGCCGCAACGGAACCGCAGGGUUCAGCGUUGACAAAUCCGAGACAGGUUCGCAAGACGGAGACAUCUUCCAGUACAACAAGACCUGCGUUCCCGUCAUGUGUCCACCCCUGGCCGCGCCCAAGAAUGGAAUCAUCCUGACGACGCAAGACUCCUUCCACUUCGGAGACCUGGUCAGCUUCCAGUGCCACUUUGGCUUUGUGAUGGCGGGCUCGGCCAGUCUGCUAUGUACCUCUGGGGGAGUGUGGAACGGAUCAGUGCCUGAAUGUCAAUACGCCCAGUGUGUGAGUCUGCCAGAUGAUAAGGAGGAAGGACUUAUGAUCCUGAGACCGGACAAGGACACAGUGUUAGUCCCGUUCAGACAAAACGUCACUCUACAGUGCAACAGCAACGGACGUAACCUUCGUGGCACUGCCACCUCGGGCUUCCGCCAGUGUGUCUACGAUCCCAAACCUGGUUUCCCCGAGUACUGGCUGUCAGGAAGUAGUCCCGGCUGUCCCCGCGCAGACUGUGGUGUUCCUGUACCAACUCCUGGAGCAGAAUACGGCAACUACCCGGACACUCGCUACCAGUCGUCUUUCUUCUUUGGCUGCCAAGACACGUUCAAGCUGGCUGGACAGACAGACAGGAAUGACAACGUGGUGCGCUGCCAGGCUAACGGAGUGUGGGACUUUGGAGAUCUGAGGUGCGAGGGACCCGUGUGUCUAGACCCGGGCCGACCCGUCGACGGUUACCAGCUGGCUACCAGCUACGAACAGGGCUCAGAAGUUCAGUUUGGCUGCAGCAAGCCAGGCUACAUACUGAUCAACCCUCGUCCAAUUACGUGUAUCAGAGAGCCUGAGUGUAAGGUGGUGAAGCCACUUGGUCUUGCGUCAGGGAGAAUACCAGACUCUGCCAUCAACGCUACUUCCGAGAGACCAAACUAUGAAGCUCGCAACAUUCGUCUCAACUCAGUCACUGGAUGGUGUGGAAAGCAAGAAGCUUUUACUUACGUCAGUGUAGAUUUGGGACAAGUCUUCAGAGUCAAGGCCAUUUUAGUCAAGGGAGUAGUUACCAACGACAUUGUUGGUCGUCCAACUGAGAUUCGAUUCUUCUACAAGCAAGCAGAGAGUGAGAACUAUGUUGUUUACUUCCCUAACUUCAACUUGACCAUGAGGGAUCCCGGAAACUACGGAGAGUUAGCGAUGAUUACUCUGCCGAAAUACGUACAAGCUCGAUUUGUGAUUCUUGGUAUUGUCAGCUACAUGGACAACGCUUGUCUAAAGUUCGAACUGAUGGGAUGCGAAGAGCCAGCUACUGAGCCUCUUCUGGGUUACGACUAUGGCUACUCUCCUUGUGUUGACAAUGAGCCACCAGUAUUCCAGAACUGCCCCCAGCAGCCGAUCGUCGUCCGCAAGGGCCCUAACGGUAUCCAGUCCGUCAACCUAACAGAGCCGGUAGCUAUUGACAACAGUGGCGCCAUCGCACGUCUGGAGGUCAAACCUCAGAGCUUCCGAACUCCGCUCACCACCUUCAAGGACAUGGCUGUCAAAUAUGUGGCGUUUGACUUUGACGGCAACGUCGCUAUCUGUGAAAUCAACAUUACUGUUAUUGAUGAGACCCCGCCUAUGCUGAGUUGCCCUCAGAGCUAUGUCAUAGAGCUGGUCGACAGACAGGACAGUUACGUUGUCAACUUCAACGAGACUAGACGAAGAGUUAACGCAUCAGACGAGUCUGGUCCUGUACAAGUCACGUUUGUACCUGACAGAGCAACCAUUCCCAUCGGAGGCUUUGAAAACGUCACUGUCGUAGCGGCAGACAAAUAUGGAAACAAGGCUACUUGCCACUUCCAGGUGGCAGUUCAAGCAACACCAUGUGUGGACUGGGAACUGAAGCCUCCGACCAACGGAGCUCUAAACUGUCUGCCUGGAGAGAAGGGACUGCAAUGUAUUGCAACCUGCAAUCCUGGCUACAGGUUUACUGAUGGAGAACCAGUCAAGACCUUCUCCUGUGAGUUCAAGAGUCCCUGGACUCCAACCUCUGUUGUCCCUGACUGUGUGUCUGAAGAUACACAGCAGGCUGAGUAUCACGUGAUUGCGACUGUCAUCUACCGAGCUAACGGCGCCGUCGCACCAGCAUGUCUACCUGAAUACACUCAUCUGAUGGCCAACUACUACCAGCAACUCAAUGACGUCUUGAGUCAACGCUGCUCAGCCGUCAACGUAAACAUGAACGUUUCCUUCAUCGGUGAGAAGCCUAUACUGCUUGAGGACAAUCUUGUACAGAUUGACUUCUCCCUGGUGGUGUUGCCGGCGGUGCGUCAACCUCAGUUGUACGAUCUCUGCGGCUCCACUCUCAACCUCAUCUUUGACCUGUCAGUGCCGUACGCGAGCGCUGUCAUCGACCCCCUCAUCAACGUGUCGGCCAUCGGUAACCAGUGUCCGCCCAUCCGAGCCCUCAAGUCCACCAUCAGCCGAGGGUUCACCUGUAACAUCGGGGAGGUUCUCAAUAUGGACACCAACCAAGUGCCUCGAUGCUUGCACUGUCCUGCUGGUACAUUUGCUGGAGUGAAGGCCAAGACCUGCACAUAUUGUCCUCGAGGUUUCUACCAGGAUCGCGACAGACAAGGAGAGUGCAUACGUUGUCCGCUGGGCACUUACACUCAGGAGGAAGGAUCCAAGAGUGUGACAGACUGCGUGCCGGUGUGCGGCUACGGUACAUACUCCCCCACCGGUCUGGUGCCGUGUCUGGAGUGCCCCCGCAACAGCUACACAGGGGAGCCCCCCACGGGAGGUUUCAAGGACUGUCAGGCUUGCCCCGCCAACACUUACACGUACCAGCCUGCCUCUCCUCACAAGGAGUUCUGUAGAUCCAAAUGCCCACCAGGACAGUUCUCAGACACCGGUCUGGCGCCGUGUUUCCCUUGUCCCACCAACUUCUACCAGCCUCUGAGUGGACAAACAGUGUGUCUAGAGUGCGCCACCAACACCAAGUCUGCUGGUCCCGGCGCAGCAUCACGGGACGAGUGCUCUGCCAUACAAUGCACGGAGAACUCUUGCCAGCACGGUGGACUGUGUGUGCCCAUGGGUCACACGGUUCAGUGUUUCUGUCCUGCUGGGUUCUCCGGUCGCAGAUGUGAGAUUGACAUUGACGAGUGUGCGUCUCAGCCUUGCCACAACGGAGCAAUGUGCAUCGACCUUCCUCAAGGAUAUAGGUGUCAGUGCAAGUCAGGAUACAGUGGCAUCAACUGCCAGGAAGAGAAGUCCGAUUGUCGCAACAGCACUUGUCCUGAGAGAGCCAUGUGUAAAGACGAGCCUGGUAUGAACAACUACACGUGUCUCUGUAGAUCUGGCUACACUGGAGUCAACUGUGACAUUACGAUCAACCCAUGUACAGCAGCUGGAAACCCUUGUCAGAACGAGGCGUCGUGCGUCGCUCUGCAGCAAGGAAGAUACAAGUGCGAAUGUCUGCCAGGUUGGGAGGGUCAACAUUGUGAGAUCAACACUGACGACUGUGCUGAGAAGCCGUGCUUGCUGGGAGCCAACUGCACGGACCUUGUGGCUGAUUUCAAGUGCGAUUGUCCGACCGGCUUCACAGGAAAGCGUUGUCAGGAGAAGAUUGACCUUUGUUCUGGCAACCCUUGCAAACAUGGCAGCUGUGUGGACAAGUUCUUCAGUCACCAAUGUAUCUGCGAUCCAGGAUGGACAGGCGAAGCUUGUGAGACAAACAUCAACGAGUGUAACAGUCAUCCUUGUGAGAACGGAGGUCAGUGUACAGACUUGAUAGACGGGUUCUCCUGCGCCUGCGAGCUCGGCUACACGGGCAAGAGGUGCCAACACCUGAUUGAUGACUGCGCCUCCGAGCCUUGCCAAAACGGUGGAACGUGUAUGGACAUGCUGGAUGGCUUUGCUUGCAAAUGUCGUCCUGGAUUUGUUGGACUACAGUGUGAAGCGGAGAUUGACGAAUGUCUCAGCGACCCUUGCAGUUCUGAAGGAACAGAGAAAUGUCUUGACUUGGACAACAAAUACGAGUGCCAGUGUCGCAACGGUUUCAUUGGCUCACUGUGUGAGAUCAACAUCAACGACUGUGCGUCCUCACCUUGUCUGAACGGAGGAGUUUGUCGUGACGGAGUAGCUACAUUCCACUGCGAGUGCGAGGCCGGCUGGACUGGACAGCGAUGUGAGACAGACAUCAGCUCCUGCCAGACAGAACCUUGCCAAAACAACGCCAACUGUAUCAACCUCUUCCAGGACUUCUUCUGUGUGUGCCCUUCAGGAACGGAUGGCAAGCAGUGUGAGACAGCCCCUGAGAGAUGUAUCGGCAGCCCGUGCAUGCACGGUGGCAAGUGCCAGGAUUAUGGCUCCGGCCUCAACUGCACUUGUCCGGCAGACUACAACGGCAUCGGCUGUCAGUAUGAGUUUGACGCUUGUCAAAACAACGUGUGCCAGAACGGAGCUACUUGUGUUGAUAACGGCCCUGGAUACACGUGCAUUUGUCCUCCUGGCUUUACAGGCCAAAACUGUGAUGAAGACAUUGUUGACUGCAAAGAGAACUCUUGCCCACCAACAGCGACCUGUAUCGACCUUACUGGAGGCUUCUACUGCCAAUGUCCAUUCAACCUGACUGGUGAUGAUUGUAGAAAGACAAUCCAAGUGGACUACGACUUGAGCUUCACAGAGCCGACUGACAGCAGCGCAGCACUUGCUGUUCCGUUCCGUCUAGGAGGCAAGACCAGCCUGACCAUCGCCAUGUGGGUACAGUUCGCUCACAGAGACGAGCCCGGUGUCUUCUUUACUCUAUACAAUGUUGCGUCGGGUCAGACAGCAGACAACAGACGUGUGAUGGUGCAGGCGCACUCUAGUGGUGUGCAGGUGUCAAUGUUCUCAGACCUUCCAGAUGUGUUCCUGGCGUUCCAGGAAUACGCCACCAUCAACGACGGCAGCUGGCACCACGUGGCGGUCGUGUGGCACCAGGGAACACUCACACUCAUCACUGAAGGACUCAUUGCCAGCAAGGUGGAGAGCUACGGAUCUGGACGGCAGCUGCCUGAGUUUGGCUGGGUAGUGUUGGGCAAACCCAAAGCUGACAUUGUGAAGCCGUACACUGACUCAGGAUUCCAGGGUCACCUGACCAAGGUUCAAAUCUGGGGACGAGCAUUGGACGUCACAAACGAAAUACAAAAACAGGUCCGAGACUGUAGGACAGAGCCAGUGUUAUACCAAGGGCUUGUACUAACGUGGGCCGGUUACGACAUCAUCCAGGGAGGCGUGGAGAGGAGAGUCCCGUCACAUUGUAGCCAACAUUCCUGCCCGAGUGGCUACACUGGUCCCCAGUGUGACCAACUGCAAGUCGACAAGAUUCCACCACAAGUGGAGCACUGCCCGGGAGAUCUGUGGGUGAUAGCCAAGAACGGCACAUCAGUCGUGACAUGGGAUGAGCCUCAGUUCAGUGACAACGUUGGCGUUGCUCGCGUAGAGGAGCGCAGCGGACACCGGCCCGGCCAGACACUACUGUGGGGAACCUACCACAUCGCUUACGUUGCCUACGACACGGCUGGAAACAGUGCAACUUGCUCCUUCAAGGUUUACCUGCUGUCCGAGUUCUGUCCGCUGCUGGCUGACCCUGUAGGAGGUCUACAGCAAUGCAAGGACUGGGGCUCUGGAGGACAGUUCAAAGUGUGCGAAAUUCAGUGCAACCAAGGCCUCAAGUUCUCCCAGCCUGUGCCCAAGUUCUACACCUGCGGAGCCGAGGGCUUCUGGAGACCGACGGAGAACCCAGCUUUGCCACUGGUCUAUCCUGCCUGUUCAGCCUCCAAACCAGCCCAGAGGGUGUUCAAGGUGGCCAUGUUGUUCCCUACAUCAGUGCUGUGUAACGAGGCAGGACAAGGAGUGUUGCGACAGAAAGUACGCACUGCGAUCAACGCUCUCAACCGAGACUGGAACUUCUGCUCUUACUCUCUGGAGGGUACUCGGGAGUGUAAGGACCUGGAUAUUGAUGUCAAGUGCGACCAUCGCUCCAGGCCCACGAGAGAUCUCACCGAGAGUAACGCUUACUCACUCAAGGCCGAGCUUCCUGUCAACAGGGUUGCCCGUCAAGCUAGCGACACUUACGCUGUCCAGAUAGCCUUCCCAGCGGUCAAUGACCCUGUGGUCAACCUCAAUUCCAACCAGAGGGCGACAGUGCAGCGACUCCUGGAACAGCUGAUCCUAGAGGAAGACCAGCUGGAUGUCCACGAUAUCCUGCCUAACACUGUGCCUGAUCCAGCCUCUCUGACAUUGACGUCCGACUACGCUUGUCCUACUGGACAGGUCGUCGUUGCUCCUGACUGUGUGCCUUGCGCCGUUGGCAGCUACUAUGACAAGGAGACUAUGUCCUGCAAGCCGUGCGCCGUGGGAACGUACCAGUCAGAGAGUGGACAACUACAGUGCACCGUAUGUCCGGCCAUCUCUGGACGCCAGGGAGUCACCAUCGGGCCUGGCGCUCGCAGUGCUUCUGACUGUAAAGAGAGGUGUCCGGCUGGCAAGUUCUAUGACGAUGAGGCUGGCCUGUGUCGUAGCUGUGGUCACGGCUUCUAUCAACCCAACGAAGGCAGCUUCAAGUGUCUGCUAUGCGGACUCGGCAAGACUACGAGAACUUCCGAGGCUGUCUCUCAAGAGGAAUGCCGUGAUGAGUGUGGGUCUGGUAUGCAGCUUGCAUUGGAAGGUCAGUGUGAACCUUGUCCUCGAGGUACGUACCGCACGCAGGGCGUAGAGGCUGCUUGUCAACCAUGUCCUGCCGGCCGCACCACACCUAAGCUGGGAGCCGCUACUGUCGAGGAAUGUUCUCUGCCUGUCUGCGGUCCUGGCUCAUUCCUGAACACCAGCAUGAACAGCUGUGUGUCCUGCAAGAAGGGAACGUACCAGCCCUCGGCCCAGCAGACAUUGUGUCUACCUUGUCCUCCCAACACCAGCACCAAGGGAACCAACUCUAAGAGCAAGUCGGACUGCUGGAACCCUUGCGAGAUGAACGGUCCAGAGAUGCACUGUGAUCCCAAUGCCUACUGUCUCCUCAUACCUGAGACUAGUGACUUCAAGUGCGAGUGCAAGCCUGGCUACAACGGCACUGGCAAAGUGUGCACAGAUGUGUGCGCCGGUUUCUGUGAGAACAAGGGUACGUGUGUGAAGGACUCUCGAGGUCAACCGUCUUGUCGCUGCGUCGGAUCCUUCAUCGGUCCUCACUGCGAGGACAAGUCAGAGUUUGCCUACAUCGCUGGUGGUAUCGCAGCUACUGUCAUCUUCCUCAUCAUUAUCGCUCUGUUUGUCUGGAUGAUCUGUGCUCGAGCGGAGCAACGUAAAGAGCCCAAGAAGCUGGUGGCUCAGGCUGCGGACCACACAGGCUCCCAAGUCAACUUCUACUAUGGAGCUGCUCCAUACGCGGAGUCCAUUGCUCCGUCUCACCACUCAACCUACGCUCACUAUUACGAUGACGAGGAGGACGGCUGGGAGAUGCCCAACUUCUACAAUGAGACUUAUAUGAAAGAGAGUUUACACAACGGAAAGAUGAACAGUUUAGCGAGGUCCAACGCUAGUAUUUACGGUAACAAGGAGGAGCUAUACGAUAGACUGAAACGCCAUGCUUACCCUGGAAAGAAAGACAAGAGCGACAGUGAGAGCGAGGGACAGUAGAGAUUUCCGAGGCUGUGCUCAUGAUAUUAAACAAGAAUAGCGUUAAGUGUGAAUGAGUGAAUGAAUGUGUACAAUAGUAUGUUUUAUACGUGUGAUGUGCUAAUAGUUAACAAGUUUAGAUCAUAGCUUAUUUAUAACUGUAAUCAUGUUUGCCAAAAAAUUGAAAUUGUUACAGCGAGCUUUGCCAUAUUUAUUAAGUUUGAACGCAAAAUUUGUUGUAACGAUGGAGGCAAGAGGGUUCGACCCUCGCUCGGUGCCAGUGUAUAUACGCUCAAGGAGGUGGUUCAGGGUGAACUGUUCCAGGCUCUCUCACGAAGUCAGCAGUGAGGAAAAUAAGAAAAAAAUAGUUACGGUAGCAGUUUUGAAAAAUGUUUACACUUUGAGGAAGUUGGAAACAAAAUUAACCUAAGAAGUUCAAAGAGGUUGAUAGUACACAAAAAAGCGAAAAACACAACAAAUGUUGUCCUGUAACUUCACAAAACUUGCCCUCCUUCAAAUAGGAAAGAAGUAAAAAAUAUUGUUUGGAUAAUUGGGGACCAAUAUUUAAGUUUCAGGAACUUUUUUUAAGUAAGCUAGUUGUGCAUCCAUUUCUUCUUCAUUCAUCCAUACGAUUUCAGAGUGUAAAAGUGCUGAUAUCUUUUGUGAUUGAAAUUGUAAGGAUAGACAAGUACUGCUGACUAACUGUGAAAGAAUUGUUGUACUCUAAAUAAAUAAAAAUAACGUAUUACUACUCGACCUCUUUUCAUCAAGUGGGUUGCAGGAUAUUCCAAUCGGUUAAUUUACCAGAUAGCGUUGUUUACAUUAUAUGAACGUUGUUAUAGUAGUUUUAAGUCGAAUAGCUAAGAGUGUAAAAAUGUAAUUUAAAAUACUGUUGCAACUUUGUAAUACCUAGAUCUAAUUUCAGUCAUAAGAUGUAAGCUACAGCAACCAAUAAUGUAUACAAUAUUAUGUUGUAUUUUUGUAAUUAAAAUAAGAAAUAUGAAGAAAUAUACCUUUUUUAAAGUUA